GAGUGUGGACGUGCGCAUUAUUGCUUUUAGCGGGAAAAAAAAGGAACUUUGCAGACAGGUCGAAAUUAGGGAAAAAGGUUUUUGUGGAUUAGGGCUAAAAUCAAUUCUAUUGCGAUGGCGGAGCAGGAGAUACCGCAUGAAUUUUCUUCUCGUGGGAGGAAGCGGACGUUGACAGAGGGAGAAGAGAGUAUAAGUGAAGAAGAAGUUGAUGAUGGAGGAGUAGAUUCAAAUGAUUCUGAGGAAAGCGACGACGCUGUGAUCUACUACUCCGAUGAUUCUGAAGUCGAUGAUACGAAUCGCCAUGUCUGGGACCAGUAUUACAAGGAGCUGGAUGAGAGCGAGGGUUUUGAUUUCUCUGUCCACCCGGGUACAUCUUUUCAUGCUCCAAUUUCACAGCUACGGAGUUACCUGAAGAAUCCAGAGAAAAAAAAGAGAUACACUGACCUCUGCAACAUGGCUAUUGGAUUGUUCAAUUCAUUGAAUGCUAAAAAGUAUGAGUUCGUGGAUAUUGUGAGGGUAAACGUAUCAUAUGCUGCGGGGGCAUGGUAUUAUUUCACCUUUAAAGCCAGUGAUACUGACACUGAUGAUGCUGAUGCUGUUAAGACAUUUCAAGCAUUGGUGUGGAAUGGAAUUGAUGAAACCAGCAAGGUGGAAUUUUGCAGGCUUAAGAAAUCCUUAAGUAGUGAAGCUUAGCAAGACUGGCUUUCCUAAGAAGCAAUUUUGGUCAAUACUAGGCCAAUGACGAUGCCAGCUAUAAUAAUGUAAGAAAUAAGCCUUUUUAUUCCAUGUAAACCAUUAUUUAAUAUAUGUAUGAAGCUUAAUAACCAUAUUGAGGACUUAGAAGAGGCAUAACCUACAAUAAAAGCCUAGAAUUUAUCAGAAAAAUAAAAACAUGUGAAUAAUGUUAAACUUCUUGAAUUGUUACUCUUCUUCAUAGCGGGGUGGACUAAAUUCUGUUUUCUUUCUUACCAAAGAAAGUUCUUUCUUUAAGUUUUAUAUUUUCAGUCCAGUCUUUUCAGUCACAUUUAUUCCUGAUGAAGAGGCUUCGUGCUGUAAUAUAUGUUUUUUUUGGAUAAGGUGAAGUUUAGGCUUCUUUCUGCAUUACACAGUACUAAGAGCAGUUAAUUCGUUGAGCAGCUGAUUGUGCUGAUUGUUUAGUUUAGAUUAUCUCUGACACGUGUGGGCAGAGAGAAGAAUAUCAAUUUUACUUCAAAUUUUGAAAGUAUUACCUUUUCUUUUAAACACAACCAAAUACACACUAGUAAAUUACUGAGCCCUUCGUAAUUAUAUACUUUGAAUAUUGUUGUACAUGUUAAGGUUCAAUGGAUGACCUCUGAUAGAUAUAGUAAAUUCCAUAACUCAGUGGAAAGCUGAUGGAAACAUAGAUUAACUUAUUAAUAGUACUUUGUAGCCACAAGUUGCAUAUGCUUCUUUAUCUUUCCU